AUGUCGAAUAUAUACAAUCAUAGACAAAUUGUUCCAGGUGGUGGAACCGGUGGUCCGAGUCGUAUCAACGAACUUUUAGAUGCUUUAAAAAAUGAAUUUGAAAGUCUUAGCCAGGAGGCUAUGACUUAUAAAAUACAACGCGAAGAAUUUGAACAUAAAGCUGAGGAGGUUUCGCUUAUUCGUCAAAGUUUAUAUGAAUUACAAGCUACACAUAAAGGCAUAAAACAACAUGGCAAUGGCGCCCCUGGUCUUGCUGCUCCUCCUCAAAUGUCUAUGGAUCCUACACAGCAACCAACAAAUCAACCUGGUCAUCCGGGAAACUAUCCUGGUCCAAGUGGUCCUCCUCAGAGUGUCCCACAAACAACUAGCACCGCUCCUUCUCCAUAUCUUAAUGGUGGUGGUGGUCCUCCGGGUUCUUUAUCACAACCUCAUACUCCUAAACGACCCCGUAUAGAUGAUACUGUUUCAACUCCGGUUCCUCAAAAUCCUCUUGGUAUGACUCCUGGUUCUCAACAAUCUCAACCUGGUUUGUACAGUAAUAAUGGCAUUCCUCCGCCUCAGUCUAGUCAACAAGGUCAACCUCAGUUAUCAAAUUACAUGCCUCCUGUUGGUCCAAGUAGCAAACCUGGUG